AUGGGUCCAUCAAUCAAGUGCCUACUUAUCCUCUUAUCCGCCGUUGCAACGCUUAUACAGGCGCAACCGCAAGCAAAGCCAUCGCCAAAACUGCUUCCUUACUGCGACAUGAACCAGAUCCACACCAUGGACGUUGCAGGCUGCCGCUGCCGACCUCAUUACAACGGCUGCUUCACGCAAGCCAAGACCUGCCACUUGGACGUUCCAAACAGGCAUACCAACAGCUACUUCCCCGGAUGCACCGACAAUGACAAGCUCUGCCAAGGAUGUGGGCUUUGGUUCCAUACGCUGUGCGACUGCAUCAAGGGCCCGUCCGGCUGCGUUCACGAGGGAACGGUGCAGCCAAACGGCAAGCAGGUGUGGUUCCUGACGCCCAAGGACGAGAAGCUCGUCACCACGACGGAUAUCCUCCCUGGUAUCCUAGAGAUGGCCAACGAUCCGGCAAGAUACGAGGAAGGGUGGCUGUUUGCGCAAAAGAACUACAGCCCUGGCAGCGAGGCGCUGGCGCUCAACUCGGUCCGGUCGAGGACGCACGAGCAGUUCCACAUUCACGUCUGCAAGAGACCCGAUGUCAAAAAGGACCCCCGGGUCUUGAAGAUUCUCGACACUGCGCAGCACAACACGGGGCCGACGCUGGAGCGGGUCGGUAACAAUGACCUCUGGUGCAGGACGGUGACCAAGGGCAAUGGGCCGGUGAAGGACUUCGCCGCGGCCAUACAGGCUUUUUUGAAGACGGGGGCGCUCUGUCAAGGGCUUGUUGGGGCGGCGGUUAUACGGGAUUCGCAUGAGAACUUGUGGGCGUGUGUGACUGGGAAUCAGCAUGGGCCGUUGGCUGAGUUCUGUGCUGCCAAAUAA